AAUAUUAUUCAUGACAUAUUUACGGCUUUUCCCUCUUAAGGUAUUGACUCAAGCUGGUGAACCUGCUUAAUAUCAUCGGUGUGUCAGUAUAUCUGUACCUGAACACCAUGGUGGGACAGAAAGUUGUGACAGGCAUAGAGACAGACAUAGAGCUGUAAGUUGUACACAUUUGCAGCCGUGGACACUAUAAUCGUCACAGAGAGCUCUUCAGACUACUACAAUGGAUGUGUUGACAAGCGAGCACACUGGGACACCUAAGAAAAAGGAAGGACUGUAGCCCCUCUUCUCAUCCACCUUCUGAUCCCCUCCCUUUUUUUUUUCUACAUUCAACUCUCUCGCCCACUGCUUUCCGACAACGACUGGGUUAACCAUUGACAACCCAGUAUUUUCCCUCCACCCGCGCAGUCUGUCGGGUACUCACAGGGCGGGCUCAACUCCAAAUAAAACGCCUUUUUUUAAGUGAACCUCAUGGAGCGAAGCCUGAGUAAAAGUUCGCACACAGGUAUGGAGGGGGCCAGGUAGGUGUGCGUUGUGCUCGUGUACACCAAGGUAAGGUCUGUACCUGGGAAGCGACAGCCUCAGGUCCUCGCAUUUUCGUGGUGGUCCUCGCUGGAGUACGGUCGUCAGGCCAAACUUUGCGAUCGCCUAUCAUCAGUAUAACAGUUGCGACCAUCCCACACUCUCCCGACGUAGAGAUGAGGUCACGUGAUCGAUGUUGGCUGGUGUGGCUGCUGCAGUGCUGGCUGCUGGCUCUGUCUUCAGGUCAAGAGCCUGGACCUAGUGGUGUGCACCUGGAGGACUCAUCUUUCAACCUGACCGACGAGAUAAAGGGACAGACCCCGAAGCCCCCAGUAGACGACCCUGGUGCCCGCGGCUCCUCAGAGAAGGCCUCCAUAAUGAUGACUGGUCCCAACGGGGAUCUGGUGGAGUGCACCAUCUGGGCCCGAGACAACAUCCACGACUUCGUGCAGCAGAUGGAGGACGAGCAGGAUAUCAACCUCUUCAAGUUCCUCUUCCGCUUUGACAAUUACACCUUGCAGCCCUUCAAAGAAAGUAUUGGUAACAACUUCAAGCCCAACCUGUGGUACCGCACGCGCAGCAGACACGGGCGCACGCUGCUGAUGCUGAGUUUCCACUACGACGUGCUGUCCAUGAACAUCCUCACCAUCGGCGUGACGGAGAUGAGUGUGGGCCUGCAGGACCGCCCGUACGGCUGCUUCAGCAACCUGGACCCCGAGGACAAGAUGAUGAUACUACGGAAGCUGCUGUUCUCGCGAGAAAACGCCGUUACGAGGAGCAGCUACCGGAAGUCGGCUAGAGAGGAGUACGUCUGUAACCAGGUGAUAGAAGAUGACAACGGCUACGCGGAGCUAAAGCACAAGUGCUGCAUGCGACAGAUACAGGACAUCGUCUGCUCCGUUGAUGAUGAUGACUUGUGGAUCGCUAUACUGUACUGGUCUAUCACUGUAGUCAAGGUGCUGAUAUUCCUGUUCUGCCCAAACUUCGUGCCGGUGACAAUGUACAGCAAAUUGUAUCGCUCCGAGUACGUGGUCAAGCUCAAGAAGGACCUCAAGAUGAAGAUCUUUGUCUCGGAGAGAACCGACGCCAAGGUCCGAUUCAAGCACCGCCUGACCCUAGAGGAAGUGUCCAAGUGGCGGCGCUUCCGCGAGUUCCUGGAUUCCGUCCCUUACGAUGAAAUACUUCCGGUCAAAGUGAGCGAGCUGAGAAUAAAGGUGAAAGGGAAGAGGAUCCUCCCUGAAAACGACCCUCCCACAGGCCUGCUGCGCACUUUCUACGAUAACCUGGGCCGCUGCAAGAUCAAACAACUCAGUGCCUUUCGUGACUGUUGUGAGACUAGUGUGUACGCCUCCAUGGAGCCAUACUUCCGUCGCAAGUGCACCUGGCACAUGUUCGUUCAGACUUUUGUCAAAGCUAUUCUGUUGCUGCUGGUGCUGCCGUCUCCUUUCUACAUCCGCCUCUUGAUCUACUACAACUACGAGCACGAGGAGAUGAUAGAGAGGAGAUCGGCCAUCUCACGCCUGGGUCUGACCGAGAAGUUUAACCUUUACCGCACCAACGUCAUCCAAUACUUCUCCCCCGUGCACGGCAUCUUCCUCGCCACCUACUGUCUCUACUUUGUCGUCGGACUGUUCGUCGGCUUCGCCACAUACAACGUGCGUGAGAAGCUGAAGAGUGUGACACGCGCGGCGCUGCAGGACAUGAGCAACGUGUCUCAGACAGGAGUGCUCGGUGUCAUCAUCCGCUUCUUGCUGUAUCCCUACCGCCGCUGCGGCAUCCUCGCUUUCCUUAUCGCCCCUUUCUACUUCGUGGCGGCGCUGCCCGUGAGCCUGUUCCUGCUGGCGGUGUACUGCGUGCCCACCAUCUACCUCUCGCACCGUCUGCCCUUUCACGCCCGCAAGCUGAUCGGCAGGAACUCUCUGCCAGAGCAGGAGCGGAAGCAGCGCUUCAAACGGGUGCAGAAACUGCGGCGCCGCAUCUCCAGGGUGGACCGCGCCGUCCACAAGGGCAGCAGUGACGACAGAGAGGAGACCUGCUGCCAUGGCGACUGGUCCUUCCGUGGGCUGGUGACGGUCCGCGACGUCCUCGUGCAGAUCGCGUGUUCCGCCAUCUGCCUCUGCAUCCUCUACUCCCUGGCACUCAUCUUCGCUGAGUCCGCGGGACUUAUCAUUGAGGUACUGGCCUUCACAAUGAUGGGGAUCAUCGUAAACGCCGGUUCUGUGCUCAAGUACGUUACCAUGGCGCUGCUGGUCAUUGUCUACAUGCACGACUGCUACAACAACGUCUACGAGAACUACCUCACCUUCAACAAAACCAUCAUCGACGACAUGAUAGAGCGCACCACCGACGACCUGCGAAGAAUCGCCUCGAUGCCCAGCGACAUGCAGGAGAAUGCUGCAUUCCUGGUGUCGUGUGUGGACGAGGAAAACUCUUUUCAACCAAAACUCAACUUUAAAAAGAAGGAAAUCCGCUGGAAGGUUGGCCAGCUUCUCCUGUUCCUCGAUUCCUUCGACACUCCCAGAAUUCCCCUGCGUCUCUUCCAGAAACUUUGUCAGAUACGAGUGUACGGAGCGCCGGGCCCUGUGUACCUUAACCUGCUGGCUGCCACGGGCAAGUUCAUGAUCAUCGUCGUCUUCCUGAUGUUCGUCAUGUUAGUGGUGAUGGCCUUCGGCAACCUCACCGCCAUGUCGUCCACCAACACCACGUUGGCCACGCUGGGGGGGUUUGUCCCCAUGUUGCUCAAGAAUGUCCUCAGCUCCAAAGGCGCCAGGCUGAGCCUCAAGACCAUCAGCUUCAAGGGUCAGGUUGACGAAAUCAUCAGUGACUACAAGCAGUACUGGCCCGUCAUCGAUUUCAUCGCGAAGCGCUACGACCCGAAUGAGCCAGAGAAAGACGACGACGAGAAAGAGGGCGGGGCAGACAACAGCACUCAAGAAAACGGAAAGGACAAAGAGAACAACAACGACAGGGUCAAGGAGAAAACAGAGAGAAAAGACGAGAGUAUCAACCUCUACGUCAGAAAGCCGUCGCCGGAGGACAGUGACUUCAAGAAAGUGAACGGCGAUGGAGGUCGGUUGGACGGUAAACCAUGUGAUGACAAAACAGACGCCGCACUCCAGUCAAAGGAAGACGAUGACAUGGUGGACUUGUUCAUCGACCUCGGUAUCGCCGACACAGCCGGCGGCUGGUCCAUUUACGGCUCAUCGGACAGUUUGCCUUCGGACACAAUGAUGCCACCCUACUUCGACCCCACGCAGAUGGACGAAGAAGAGGACCCUGAUGGUGUUGCGCUGAAGGACAUCGUCUGAGCUCUGGUGGAAAAUCUUUUUUGGAUCGUCCUUUUUUCAGCCUGCGUAGAGGAAGCAGGAAUAUUUCGCGUGGUGGUUUCUUUUUUCUUUUUUUCUUUAAGGCUGCGUCUGAAGGAAGGUUUUACGAGGGCUCACAGCUCGUGGAGUUUGGUCUCUGCAGUAGGAGUGGCAAGAGCAGACGGCAUCCAGGGUUGAUAUCAGUUGUGAAGGUCAGUAGGAAUAAAUUCAACUGUCAGCGGCCUGCCUGCUUUGCUUGAGGAGGAAUGAAGGGUGAGGAAUGAUUACCUUUGCUUCGGCGACUUCGAAGUGUGGUCUCAAGAAUGUCACGAGCCAGACAAGAAGUGAGGAAUGAGAGAAAGAGGUGAGCAUUCACGACUUCCACCAAACAAGGAUUCUAAAUGAUGAGUAUUUCUAUGACAUCAUAGACGUUGUUCAUGUUCACUAUUGUCCCUCCCUAACAAAAAUCAUUCAAAGUGAAAACUAUACUGACUAUACUUGCACUACAAAACCUGGUGAAAGGUGUGUGUGUGUGAUUACUGCUUCAUCAGAAUCCGCCAGUGUGACAAUCUUUUUGAAUACGAUUCGCAUCUUCGAGACCUGUUUUUAUGGAGAUAAGACUUUGUAUUACCUUUUUAAAACUUUUUGCGGACAUUUGUGAAACGGAAUAAGACUCAAUGCUGAGCUGUUUGACUCAAUGUACAUGAGUAUCCCGUUGACCUCACAGUGUCCUGUCCUCACUGUAUAUAAACUCCAUGCCGGAUUUUGACAUUAGGUAGAAAGUUAGUGUAGGACUUUUACAUUUAUCACCUGCUGUGCGAAAUGGCAACAAGUGUUCUCAUCUCGAUAAAGAAAUCACACGGCAUUUCUAAUUUCUUUCAUUUUCUUAACAAAGUUCUAUCUAUUUUAAGGAUAUCCUGAUUCGGAUUAAAAUGAUUAAGCGGCAUAACAAGACAGACGGUGCAAGAUGCAUUUAUUAGUUUCUUCACUCGGUACCUUUUCUUUCAAACGUUGCACAUCAGCUCUCCAUUCAGAAAUACACCAGUUAGUAGUUCGGCCUCGAUUUCCCAUUACCACCACCACCACCACCAAACCAUCAUCAUCGUUGUCGUCGUCGUUACAGAUUAAGUUUAAUAAUGUACUGAUUUCACACUUACAACGAAACCACAUGCCUUGUAAACAAAUCCAGACUUACCAACUACCCCACCCCUAAAAAAAAAAACAUCACACGAAGCCCACAGAAGUCAGCCUUCAAGCCAGCACACAAACAUGCAAUUAUUUAUAUUUUUAAUUCUCUCAAUACAGGCGCUGGAAAUUGUUGUAAUAUCAUAAUACACAAAGGUUACAACGUUUAUGAAAUAUGUCACACUAAAGUUGCCACAGCCCGUCUGCUGCUACUCUGUCCAAGCAGGCAAACCUCAAACGUCCAAUAAACCGUUGUCGCACAAGGAUAAUUACACGAAGCUGAUAACUGUUACACAUAAAUAUAAAAAGUGUAAAAACAUUUUUAAUAAAUAGGCAGAAGUAAUGGGUGAAUGAAAAGUUCACACAUCAUGGCAAUUUCAGGCAGGAAUGUCAAAAAUACUGGAAUAAUGAGUCCAGAAGUGAUGGCGAAGGGCGAGAAGGAUGGAUGGUUGAAGGCAUACACAGUUCGUUGCAUUUAAGGUUUCACAAGGUGAAAACAUAUUAACGCUGACAGUAUAACUUUACAUAAGUAAAAAGGCAUUAUACACCAAUACUAGAUACAAUCCAUAAGUACUAGUGAUGUCAAGUCAGCACUGCAACCUCAGCG